UUUUUUUCUUCGAGUUUAAGCAAUUCAGUUUUAACAAUCGAUCCAACAAAAAGCUUUUUUUUUUAUUUUUUAUUUUUUAAUAUAUUUAUAUAUUUAUUUAUAUACAUACACAUAUAGUUUCUUGAUUACAACAACAACAACAUAUGAACCAUGUCUGAACCAGUUCGUGAAGACCAUGUACAUGACAAUGUCAUUGAAGAGCCUACUACCAUGGAGGUUCCUGCCUUCUUGGGCAUGACAGAACAACAAUCCCGUAUUUUGGUAGCUUUGUAUAACGAAACAGAUCCCGAAUUUGCAAAGCAAAUGCCAACUGCCUUACCCAUUGCUGCUCAACAACUUGCAACUGAAUAUGAAAAACGCAAUAGCGUUGGUAAAAAGCUUGAACGUGCUAAUGUUAAAUGGUCUGAUGAAUUCAAAAUAUUUGAUGAUUGUCAACAUGAAGCUGUAGAAAGAUUAUCCACAACUGACAUGAAUAUUGAUAAAGCAGCUGCUGAUUUACAAUUAGAAGAAGAUCAAGACAGUAGCAUUCAUGAUCUUAUCUUGGGUAGUUUAUUAUAUGGUGGUAUUCGUCGUGAACCCUCAGGUCCCAAUGAUCGUGCCUCCAUGAGCCCCGUUGCUAGCCCUAAUUUCGAAGGCGCUAAACGAUUAUUAGAACGUGCAUUUGAAAAGGGCUAUUCAAUGGCAGCUGUUCAGAUUGGUUCAAUUUAUAUGCAAGAAGAGAAAAUUGCAGGCGGUAGUAAUAUGAAGAAUGGUGAAAAUGCAAAGCUUUUAUCUUUUAAUUGGUAUAAGAAAGCUGCCGAUGUAUCAAAUCCUAUGGCUUGUCAUAAGGUUGGUUUCUUUUUAGAGAAUGGUAUUGGUUGCGAGAAAAAUAUUAAAAAAGCAAUUGACUAUUAUGAAAAAGCCUUUGAACAAGGUUAUCCCGACUCUGCUCAUAAUUUGGGUCUUAUUUAUCAAGGAUUUACACAAGAUACUUCAUCUUUUAGAGAUAUUAAGAAAUCCAUUGAUUAUUUCGAAAGAGCUAAACAAUGGGGUUUCUCUGCGUCAUGCAAUGCUCUGGGUAGAAUGUAUUUGUUAAUGUCUAAAAAUUCCGAUUUGGCUAAAGAAGCAGGUAAUCCUGGUAGUGAACCAGAAGACUAUAUUGUUACUGGUAUCGAGCUUAUGGAGGAUGCAGCUAAUAAUGGUGAUGCAGAUGCAAUGAUGAUGCUUGGUUUAAUCUUUGGAUCAAAGGAUUAUGGACUUUAUGAUAUGGAUAAAGCACAAAACUAUAUGGAAUUAGCACUUGUUCGUGGUGACCUCGAAGCCUAUAAUUAUUUAGUUCGUAUUUUAAGAGCUAAAAUGGCGGCACGUGCUGCACUUGAAAAGGAAAACUUUGAAAAUUUUGAAAAAUUAAGUCAAGCAGAUCAAGAGAAAUUGAUUCGUCAGUUGGCAAAGGAAGCUAGUCCAGAGAGCACACUUCAUCGUCAAUGUGCUAAUAUGUCAUGUGAUAAAAAAGAGCAAACCCCUAAUACAUUUAAACGUUGUGGUCGAUGUCAACGUGUAGCCUAUUGUUCCCGUGAAUGUCAAAAGGAACAUUGGAAGGCUGGUCAUAAAGUUGUAUGUAAAAGUCCCGAAGAAAAAUAAUAUAUACAUAUAAUGUAAUUUAUAUACAUAUUCUUACUUACUUACUUACGUACAUACAUACAUACAUACAUACAUAUAUAUAAAUAUAUAUAAAAUCUUUUAUUUUUAUACCAAA